AUGUCGAUGAAGCCUGGUGUACGCGGAGACUCCUUUGCACCCAACGUCGCCAAAACUACAGGAGAGUGGCGCAGCAAUCGAUCAAAUGCCCAAGAAACUAGCCAUGGAGUGACAUCUGUGCCGCUCGAGGCAUCAGCACAUCCGAAUUGUGCAUCAACCUCUGACGAGAAAAGGAAGGUCGAUUGGAUUGGUUCGACAGACCCAGCAAAUCCACGAAACUGGUCGCCACGCAAGAGAUGGGGUCUCAUUGUGAUGAACUCGGCAAUCACAUUCUGCCAAGCUAUGUCGAGCACGAUGUUUGCUCCUGCGGUUCCACAAGCCAUGGUUGAUCUUGGAAGUAAGAGUGACGUUGUUUCUCAAUUGAUGGUCUCGAUCUAUGUGCUUGGACUGGCCGCGGGACCUCUGAUCUUAUCACCACUUUCAGAGUGCUAUGGAAGAUCAUCCAUUAUGCACAUCACCAAUUUCCUCUUUACACUGGCAGCAGUCGUUGGCGCUUUGAGCCACAACGUCACACUCCUCCUAGUCUGCCGUCUGACUUUGGGUAUCAGCACCAUCUCGUUGGGUGGUGCAUAUGUGGCGGAUCUGAUUGACCCCGAGGAUCGAGGAAGGGCGAUGAAUGUGUGGAACAUUGGCCCUGUUCUGGCUCCAAUAGCAGGCCCGAUCAUUGGUGGAUACAUUACUCUGACCAUAGGUUGGAGAUGGACAUAUGGCUUAGGCAGCAUCUGGCUGUUUAUGUGUUUUGCACUGCUUCCGGAGACAUAUGCACCGCGGUUGUUGGAAUUGAAAGCAAGGCGGGCUCACACGAUUGAGGCUCCAGUAUCCUCAGACGGCAUUGCUAUCAGCACACAAAGAAGGCGAGCUUUGCUGCAGUCACUUGGACGACCGUGGAGAAUGCUCAUCCACAGCCCGGCUACGGUGGUUGUCUCGCUUUUUGGUGCGAUCGCCUACAGCGAUAUGUAUCUCAUGUUCUCCACCUUCACCGAAGUCUUCCAGAGCAUAUAUGACUUCAAUGCUGGUGGAGCUGGACUUGUCUACCUUGGCUUUGGCUUUGGGUCUAUUGCAGCGCAAGUUGCCAUCGAAUUUUUUGGUAGAUGGCAAGCCAAGGAGAGAACAAUAACACGAUCAACCGUUCAACCGGAGCACCAUCUACCACUUCUUGUGACAGCUGGCGCAUUUAUCGCCUGUGGACAUGUUAUCUACGGUUGGACACUCCAGUGCCAUCUCCACUGGCUUGUACCCAUCGCUGGCACUGGACUAAGUGGAUUCGGUGUUAUUCUUGUUUUCCAAGCGGUACAGGCCUAUCUUGUCGAAACACAUACCAUCUAUGCAGCAAGUGCGAUAGCACUGAGUGUUGCCAUUCGCUGUGUCUUUGGUCUCACAAUCCCUUUGGCAGGACCCCCACUUUUCCAUCAUCUAGGGUAUGGCUGGGGAAACAGCUUGCUUGCUCUGAUAGCCCUUGGGAUGAUUCCGGUGUCACUGAUCCUCCUUCGAUACGGAACAAGAUUACGAGAACGGACUAGGGCAGACCUUGUCGAAGCUUAG